AUGCCAAGAAGGUCUAUAGUACAGAUAAAGAGGUCCGAGGUAAAACGAAAGCGAAGUGGCGUUGAUUAUACUGCAAAUAAUAAGACCCAUCAUAAGACACAUCAUGAAAAUACACAUGCGUCCACCAAAAGGCAAAGGACUUUGACUGAAUUCAACAUUCCAACUUCCUCGAACUUGCCCGUUCGUUCGAGUUCACGUUCGUCUCCAAGGGUCGGUCAUUCCGCGUCUAAUACAAGUAUAGAGCCGAUAGUUAUUGAUGAUAACGAUCAAAACAGUACUUGUUCUGACAGCACUGAGAAAGUUGAAAUUGUCUUAUUCACAGAUGAGGAAGAGAAUCUGGUAGAGCUGGACGAUGAAAAAAUAAAACCCGAGAUAGACCGUCAAGCAAGGGAUGGAACAGAAGACCGAAUAAGAGUAGAAAUCGAGGAGCACAUAAAUGUUGAAAUCUCUACAAAUGUGAUUAGAUGUCCUAUUUGCUGUUUGAAUCUUUCUCACCUAGAGCUGUACGAGAGAGAGACACACUGCGAAAUGUGCGUAGGAAGUGCACGUAGUAACCAGGGAUCACCCAAAAGGAAUGUUAAGAUUCCGAUCCCUAAACCGUCAUCUGCCAUAAAACCAAAAAAGGACUCAACUCCAUUAAAGAGACCAGUCAGGGUUAAACCUAGUUUACCAAGCUUCAAAAUAAUCAAGUUCAGCAACGAUCACAAAGUAGUCGUUGAUGGUUUCAACUAUAAAGCUGACGAAACUAUCUCUCAAUACUUCUUAUCACAUUUCCAUGCCGACCACUACAUGGGUCUUAAAAAAUCAUGGAACAAUCCGGAUGAGAAUCCAAUCAAAAAGACUCUUUACUGUUCUAAGAUCACAGCAAUUUUAGUAAACUUAAAAUUUAAAAUUCCCAUGGACGAGAUCCAAAUCUUACCAAUUAACAAACGAUUUUGGAUAACGGACACAAUCUCCGUUAUUCCAUUAGACGCUAAUCAUUGCCCUGGUGCCACAAUAAUGCUUUUCCAAGAGUUCCCUGCAAAAUUUCAUGAUAAGCCUAUCAGACAAGUUUUGCAUACGGGGGAUUUCCGAAGCAAUGCUCAAAUGAUUAAGACAGUUCAGGAGUGGUUAAUCGAGACGGCUAAUGACACAAUCGAUCAAGUUUAUUUAGAUACAACGUAUCUUACUAUGGGCUACAAUUUUCCUCCACAGCAGUCUGUAUGCAACACCGUUGCACAAUUCACUUUGCAACUUCUGAAGCAAGGUAAAAACAAGACGUUCGGUGAUUCACAAAGGAACUUGUUCCAUUUCAGAAAAAAAAUGUCACUAACAUCUCAACGACACAAAUUUUUGUUUCUUGUGGGUACAUACACCAUUGGGAAAGAGAAAUUAGCCAUCAGAAUUUGUGAAUUACUGAACACGAAAUUAUUUGUGAUGCCAAGCUCGGUUAAAUUUCAAAUGAUGCAAAUCGUUUUGCAAAACAACGAAAACGAGAGCGACAAAUGGGACGAAAAUUUACUCACUGGCGACAUGAGCGAAUCGUUUGUUCACUUGGUACCCAUUAGAGUGCUGAAGAGUCAAGAAACAAUUGAAGCGUACUUGAAAAGUUUGAAGGAGUUGGAUGCCAACUGCUUAAAGGACGUCGAUGACGUGGUUGGGUUUAUACCGACGGGAUGGAGUCAUAACUUUGGCCUAAAAUACCAGCAAAAUAAUGAUAAUGAUAAUGAAAUGGAUGGUAAUACCGAAUAUUGUUUGGAGUUAAUGAAGCAUGAAGGAGAUGACGGGAAGGAGUUUGAGAUAUCCAGUAUAUUAAGGCAGUACAAAAAAUACAACAAGUUCCAAGUCUUCAAUGUGCCGUAUUCCGAGCACAGUAGUUUUGAUGACUUGGUGAAAUUUGGCUGUAAGUUGAAUUGGUCCGAGAUGAUACCUACUGUGAACUUACAUAAUUUAUGGAAAGUGAAAUAUAUGACAAAUUGGUUUAAAUGCUGGGAAAACAUACGAAAGAUGCGGGCGGCUAAAUGA